AUUCUUCUUUUUGAUUACCAAAGUCAGAGAAAUCGAGAGUGAGAAAGAAAUAAAGAAAGAGAGAGAUGAAGAGAUCUAUGUCUGAUUCUGAAGAAAGCAGUCGAUAUGGUCGAUGUGACGGCGACGGCAACAGCUACGACUCGGAACGUUCUCACAAGAAGCCUAAAACAGAGGACGACGAUGUUUCCUCGACCAAGACGAGACCUUUUCAAGAAAAAGAUUUGUGGGCGUUGACUAGUUUACUAGGGAAAGACUCAUACGGCUCUGUUCACUUAGCCGUGAGAACGACGGAGGGAGAAGAAGAACAUCUUCCCGAAAAGAUGGCGAUCAAAACGACCGAGUUCUCGCGGGCCUCACGGCUCAAGAACGAGGCCGAGUUCUUGACUCGCCUCCAAGAUAGCCCGUACAUUGUCUCCUACUACGGCGACGCGACCACACGUGACAAGAAAACCAAGAAGAUGAUGUACAACACGAUCCUCGAGUACUGUCCAGGUCAGUGCCUCGCGAAACUCAUCAAACACCACAGAGGGACAGGGUUAGCGGAAGAGGAUGUGAAGGUGUUCGCUAUGAGCGUCUUGAUUGGUCUGAAGUAUAUCCACGAUGAGAAGAUAAUACACUGCGACAUCAAACCGAAGAACAUCUUACUCGCGGGAGAGCAUCGUGGGUUUGUGGCUAAGAUCUCUGGUUUCGGGAAAGCCGUGGAGAAAGGGUCGAGUGAGUACGGGGAUGGGUGGGGUCACGUGAGAGGCACGACACGGUUCAUGUCGCCGGAGCUUAUAGGGGACAAGGUUCUUGAUUAUGGUGCGGAUGUUUGGGCCUUUGGAUGCACGGUUCUUGAGAUGUUGACAGGGGAACGUGUUUGGGCAGAGCAUGGUGAGCUGUGUUGCUGGGAAGAAUGGAUUACUCUCAUUGGUGAAAGCGAUUUGGUUCCGUACGUUCCAGAUUAUUUGUCUGAAGAAGCAAAGGACUUUCUGUCAAAGUGUUUUAAGAAAGAUCCUGCCCAAAGGUGCACUGUUGACGGCUUGAUGAACCAUCCGUUUGUUAGGUGGAAUAACCAAUACCCUGAAGAGGAGGAAGAAGAAGAAAACGAAAUGUUUGAGGAAGAAGAAGAAGAAGAAGAGGAAGAGGAAGAAGAAGAAGAAAUAUUUGAAGAGGAAGAGGAAGAGGAAGAAGAAGAAGCGAUUGAAAUAGAUGAAGAAUACCCUCAAGAGGAGUCGGAAGAAGAAGAUCUAAAAUAAGUGUCCAUGUCAACUAAUCUUUGUUUCAUAAUUUGUUAUUAUGCAGUAAAAUGCUUAUUGUAAGAAGCACAUAUGUUUCACUUGCAGUGAAUUAAUUGAUUUUUUUUCUCAAAAGCUUGACA